GCGACGCGAUCGUCGGCGUCGCCGCCAACAAGCUCUACAAGUUCGGGCGGCUGCCGUCUGCAGCCGUCGCCUGGGCUGCUGCGCGGAGCUGCGUCGCCCAGGGCCAUGGGCCUCGGGCGCCUUCGCCCUUCAUCCUCGAGCUCAGCGCCGACAACGUGCUGGGCGUGGCGAAGGGGGUCCUGGCCGUGUUCGACCCGCUCGGAGCGGCCCCCGCCGCCGCAGCGCCUGGCGCCCUGGCCUUGGCUGGCGCGGCCGCGCCCCCCGCGGGCGCCCCUGGGCCGCCUGCCGCGUCUGCCGCUGCGCCUGUGGGCGGGCUGGGCGCGCUGGCCGCGGCGCUCGGUGCGGGGGGGGCCGCCCUGCCUGCCGCCGCUGGCCCUCCGGGCGCCGGCGCCGCCGCCGCGGCCCCCGCGGCCCCAGGCGCCGCAGGGUCUGAUCCCCGCGUGCUGGCCACAGUCCUCGACGCGCGGGGGGUGCGGGACAUGCCUGUCAUGGACGCUGUCAAGCGCCAGACCGAGACCCCCCGCGCCGACUGGCCCGUGAAGGGCCUGACGACCACGAUGCGGGUGCUCCUCUUCAUGCUCCGCAUGGCGGGCGGGGCGACGGCGUGGCUCGACCGCUGGAUGGUCAUAAAGCAGGCCUCAGAGACGGACGACACCGACAGGCUGUACGAGACGCUGCGCCGUGUCGUCGAGACCUCGCGCUGCCACGAACAGCGGAUCAUCUGCGAGCUGUCUUCCUACGAGUUCCUAUCGCGGCAGCUGCUGGUGGUGGAGGAGCGCUUCUUUGAGGAGCGCGCGCGCAGGACUCACCCUGCGCCCAAGGCCAAGGGCCAGGCCAAGGACGGCGCCGCGGCCGCGGCCGCCGACGUUUCCUCCGAGAUUGGCCACUUCCUCGGCACUGGAGAGACGAUGGGCAAUUUGUGCAUUGUCCCACCCGUAAUGGAUUGGAUCGCUGAGCAGAUGAAGAGGGAGGCUGCCGUUGCGAAGGAACGCCGCAAGUGGAUGGGCGUCGCCAUCUUCCGCUUGGUCGUGGGGCUCGUCUGCGCGCCGCCAAAGGCGCGGGCUGGAGAGAGUGGUGCAACGAGGGAUUGUCUGCUCUCAACUGGCUCCACUGCGGCAAAGGACGAGCCUUCCAUGCCUGACGAAGGGGGGCCACCGCCCGCGGCCCAGGCAGCCUCCGUGGACUACAUCGCGGGAUUGCACCGCGACUUCGAGCUGCCCGCCGCCUACUCGGAGAGAGGCCGCGAUUGCGAAGCAUCCCUCGUAGAGAUGCUCGCACAGGCACCUGGCUACGCUGGUGACAGCGGUCGAGUGCGCCCCUACAGCAUGCCGCUUGUGGCCUGGCCCGAGUCGACGAAGGCAGUCUCCACCUGCGGCGUCGUCUCCGACGCCGACUCCAUCGUGCUGCAGGAUUGGAGGCAGAGUAUGCUGAAUCCCGAGUCGGUGGCGGCGGAGCUGCGCGAUUCGCUGGGGGUUAUCCGCCCCUAUGUUGAUCCUGAGCUGCGCUUUAAGCCGAAGUCCUACGCUGAGUUUUUGAAGCAGCUGGAGGCCCACGGCAUGAUCACCUGGCGGGUCUCCAGCGAACAGGCAUCCUUCUCUACUGGUCUCUUCUUCGUGCAGAAAUCAAACGGCAAGCUGAGGUUGGUGUUCGACACCAGGCUGGCCAACCGCAGUUUCUCGUGCCCACCAGCCACUCGUCUGCCCACGCCCAGCGCGCGGGCCAGUCUUGACUGCGACGACAGUUUUCAUUUCGCGCAGGGCGACAUUCAGUGUGCUUUUUAUCAUUUACGACUGCCAGCUGGCAUGGAGUCGCUGUUCUCUCUGCCUCCGAUAAACAACAGAUUCGUCGGCCUCAAGUCGGUCAACGGGGUUCGUCUUGGCAUCAACGACUGCGUCCAGCCUCUUGUCACGGUCGUUCCCAUGGGGUGGAGUUGGGCCCUUCGCCUGCGCCAGGGUGCGCUGACGAGAGCCCUGUCGGAUGUCGGGUUCGGCCGCGACGAUAUGAUUCUGGAUGGGGGCUGCCCUCGGCCCUUGGUCGCUGAGAAGGACGCGGUGUGUGCAGGAUACGUCGACAACUUCUGUGUCGUAUCCAAGUGCGCCGAGACAGCCACGUCCCUGGCGCGUGCCGUUGCUGACCUUCUCACGGCCCGCGGGCUGCCUGUCUUGGAAUUCUCCCCUGCGGUCAGUAAGGGGGUAUUCACGGGCUUGGAGAUCGACGGAGCCCCUGGGAUCAUUCGUGUGCGUCCUGACCGCCUCGCUCGCACUCGUCAAGCCGUUCUCGGGCUUUUGAAGCGUGGGCGGGCCUCUGCUGGGGCCCUCAGCGUGCUCGUAGGCCACUGUGCAUGGGGGAUGAUCCUGAGGCGCGACGUUCUGAGCAUCUUUAACGCGGUCUAUCGGUUCAUGGGGGCUGCGGGACCUCAUCCUGGACCCCUGUGGCCCUCGGUCGUCAGGGAGUUGUCGGCUGCCGUGGCCCUCAUCCCGCUCUGGAGUGCCUCUACAAGGUCGGCCGAGUCGCCGAACGCCCGAGAUAUCGUCAUGGGGAUGCCGUGCUUGCCAGAUCACAUGCCCUUGACGUCGACGGUCGAGACGAUGCUGCCGACGGUCCCUGAGUCCAUCUACGGGGCCGAGGGUUGGAAGACCAUGCACUCUAGCCGUCAUGCCCGCCGUGGUUGCGAUAUCCUUCAGUACGAGGCGGAGGAUGUGAUCAAGGCUGCGAGGGCCAGGCGGGAACAUCCUGGUCCGCUGACGCUCCUGCGGGGCGGACUGUCGGUGCUGGAGGCCAACGCGGUCUCGGAGUCGACGGGCAAGAACUACCAGGCCUCCGCCCUCAGGUUUCUGAACUGGUGCCUCUGGACCGCCAGGGACUUCAAGAACAGCGUCGAGCUCGACACGAUCCUCGUGGUGUUCUUCGUCCACCUCUUCCUCGACGGGUACGACAGUGCGACGGGCCGCGUCACGAUGGCCUCUCUGAAGCACCAUCUGCCGUCGAUGCUGAUGGGCAGCCGCCCGCUGCCACGGGCCUUUCGGGCCCUUCAGGGUUGGGCGAAGCUCGUGCCGCCGCAG